UAGAAAUUUUUCUAAAGAGCCCAUGUUAAUAUGAACCCAUCAUCCUCAUCAUCAUUCUCCUCACCACCGUUGUUUCAAACCAAUUCAAGGCCAGCAUCUCAUAGCUCUUCGGGCUCUAACAAGCGUGAAACUCCUUCCAUUAUACCCUUGGACUAUAACUAUCAGGUAAUGGCGCCCUCUUCGCUAAGGCCGCAGACGGGGCGUUAUGGCCAUACACCACACCAUCAGCAUCAUCAUAUACAACAAAUACCCUCACGUUCCACCACCCGUCAAAGUUCAAAUCCCGAGGUCGAUGUCGAUAUGGAAGAGGAGCCCGCCUUUAAUAGUUUAUUUGGCGAUCCUGUACCACCGCCUCCGCCCGAUGACUUUCUGGGCAGCACAUUCUCAACACCCGCCUUUAUGCGUUCCACUUCGGUAGAAUUGACUUCGGAUGAAGAUCAGAUAAUGGGCUCUAACGAAACGCAUAUACCUCAGCGCCUGUUUCCUCAAGUUCCUUAUGCCACUCUGAUGGGUAGGCGUUAUUCCAGUGCUUCAUCGCCCUCGCCCAAGAAUUUUGAAAUAUUACCCUCGGGCAUACCCAGACUUAAACCACCGGAUAUACAAAUUCUACCCAACUCUAGCGGUGACUCCUCAUCCGGUACUCACAAUUCGCCCAACUAUCGGCUGUUGACACCCAACGAAAUGUUAAGAAAUACCUCAGCCCAAGACGUGGUAGAAUUGAAGGAGACCUAUACCAUAAGUGAUGGCCAUUCGCUGAGGGAAUUUAGUGAGGCUACUACCAGGAAAUCCAGCAUAACCAGAACCGAGGCAGAUAAUGAGACACCAGUAGAAAUGAAUGCACUGAGCCCCCCUCAAGAACCCCCCAUGCCUCGCCAAUUUUCCAAUGAGUCCUAUUCAAGUGGCGAAUGGUUUCGCACUGCCAACAUGGAAUAUCCCGAAUUCAAUAAAAUGCCCAAACUUAGGCCCAGUUCGAAAAAUGUCAUGUCCAUAAAGCGUGAUGAAAUGCCGCUCAGUUCACCCGUAGCGGCCAUGAUCAAUGAUUCGAAUGGUUCCAGCAGUGGUGGGGAGGAGCGUCUAAUGGGAGCCACCCAUGUAUUAGAACAACCCUCCAUAUCCUUGGACAGUCUGCAAGCACCACCUGAAAGGCCACCCAGCCCAUCGCCCUCAUGUCUAAGAUCCUUGGAAGAGGCAAUUGUGCUGACGCCCAGGCAAUAUAUAAAACAAAGGCGGAAAAGUUUUUUUGCAACACAACAAAGUGAAAGUAUGGACCUGGAAGAAAUGGAAAAUAGAGCACAAGAAUCAAUACCAGCACCCCCUAUACCGCCUCAACCUCUUAUGGAAUCUAACGAAAAUCUGUUGGAGCCUGAGACUCCGCUAAUGAGAGAACGAUCACCUGUGAUAUUAAAAGACUCUAUAACUACAGGAGGAGAUUAUAGGGUGGACCAAUCACGUUUGCACAAAAAGACCUCCUUUACCAUCAUCAAUGAGAAAUCCUCAGCACAGUCUUCCUCCCAAGCCUUGCAAAGUCCUCGCCAUCUGCCCAUCAGAGUGAGAGAGCACAGCUCUCCCUCAUUUACACCCCCAAGAAGUAUGGCUGCUACACCUAGGCAGCAUAUGCAACGUAAAUCCCUAUCUUCCACCCAGCUUAAACUGCCUCAUCUUAUGCCUCCGUUAGCCGAAAUGCCCUUGGAGGAUUCCCCCAGGCCUUCGGUGCAAUUCGACAUGACGGGCAGAUAUAGUCCCAGCAAACUGCCAACCCAGAAGGGUAUACUGCAUCAAAGGGACUCCUUGAGCUCAACUCAGGAUGUACUUAGACCUACAGGCUCUAGAAGACGUUCUUCGAUUUUGCCCACUCCUGCCUCGCCCCUGGAUGGCUCCAGGGCAAAAAGUUGUGAGACCUUGCCCAUGAUCACUGAUCCCUAUCGCACCGCCAUACCCAGACUGAAUCGUUCCAGCAUGGAUUUGAAACCCGAAAAGGCUGUAUUUCCCCCAGGGGCUUUGCCAAGACCGCUGAAACCUAAUCCCAAUCCUACCCGCAAACACAAAGGCCUGCUCAAGGUUAUCAAUCAUGAAGAGGUGCUAACGCGCAUUCCUUUGAAAUCCAACUGGGCCAGCAUGGAUGAUUUGAGUAACCUGGAGCAGCAGGGCAAGACUCUGCUCUCUCCCUUGCAUGCGGCCAAGGCUAGAAGGCGUUCCAGUUCCACCUCUCCAUCCAGGCGUAGUUCUACACAAACCACUUCGGAUAGGCGUAGUUCCAAUCUAAGUUCGGUAACUACUUCAGAUUUCAGUUUUCGCAGACCUUUAGGGACAGCGGGCGCAGCAGCUGCAAAACCCUCCUCAACUCCCCAAAGACAAAGAAGAAAAUCUGUCUUCCAAUUACCCAGCCCAAGUGCAAGAAGAAAAUCUUCCACCACCUCUACCAGUGUGUCAAUAAUAACCGGCCGACCUGGUCGUGCCAAGAUAGCCAAACCCACACCAUUGUCUCCCAUUAUAGGCACACCCAAUAAGGAUAGCAGUUCGGCCUAUAGUCCGACGCAUGUCAUGAAGUCUGCGGCAGUGGCGGCUGCUGCGGGCCCUGGUUCGGAUAGCCUAUCGGAUGCCACCUCCCGCAGAGAUUCCAUAUCCAAGAUACCAGUCCGAAGUCAGGCGAAUUCUCGUUCCAGUUCACGCAUGGAUUCGCAGGAGUCAAAAGCCCCCUCGAGGGCGGGAUCGCCUCAGAAGGAAGCCACUGGUGAGCUAGCCAGACGUUUGUCGCAAGUUGCUGUUAGUCGCUCGGGCUCAAGGGCUUCACAGGAAGGCUCUAGAGCAGCCUCAAGAGCAGAAUCUCGUGGGGGAUCGCAUAGCGAAUCGCGAGCCGCCUCACGCACAGCCUCUCGCACUGAGUCAAGAGCUGCCUCACGAGCAGAAUCUCGUGGGGGAUCUCGCAGCGAAUCGCGGGCAGCUUCCCGUUCAGAAUCUCGAGUUGCUUCGCGAGCCGAAUCCAGAACAGCCUCCAGGUCUACUUCGCGAGCCUCGACGCGUCCCAUAUCUUUGCCCGGAUCUCGACCCACUUCCCGCAUGGAACAGGCAAAAGAAAUGGCCAACUCAAGAUCCAAUUCCCGCCUAAGCAUACACUCCCCCAGCAGGGGCGUUAGUGUUUCGCCCACAUUUGAAAGGAAAGCUACCUCAAAGUCUCCUCAAGGCAGAAGAAAAUCCAUUUCGCUUAGCCCCCACAGAGUUGCUGCGAGGCGGGGAACAACGCGCAGAGGUUCAACUAGUCCCGUCGGUGGCAAGGCCAAGGCAAAAGGACGCUCACGCAGUCGUAGUAAGACGCGUUCAAGUCCCGAGGGAUUUUCUCGUUCCCGCAUACCGGUGACUCAUAAGGAUGAACGCAGUUCCAGCCGCUCCUCACCAAGACGCAGAGCUGGCCCUAGUUCCACAAAUGAUGUACGCCGCACCUCAUCACUCAAAGUGAAGGCGAAGCCAACGGCCACUACGGCCAGCAGCAAACAAACGCCAAGUGCCAAAAAGAUGCCCUCAUCAGUGCGUAAAGCUGAAUCAAGUGUUCGCAAAACCACCGCUACAGUGGCAGUCAAGCCACAAGGUCCUGCAGUCAAAAGGGAAGUCUCAAACCUAAGAAAGCCGGCCUUACCCAAAAGGGAGGCUUCCAAUGUGGCCAAGAAAACUGGGAGUAUUAGCAAACCUGCUUCGCGCCAGCCAUCAUCGGUGAAUAUGAAAAAGAAGGCCAAUGAAUCCAAAGUUGCAGCUGCAGCUGCGCCGGGAGCAAAGAAACCCAGCUCACAAAUACAAAAUGGCAAGAAACCCUUACCAACCAAGCCCUCAGUCCAAAAUGGCAAGGCAGGGCCCCCUAAGGUUCCAGCAAAGCCCUCCAAAAGCGAUAUGGCCUCCACUUUUGUCAUACAAAAAAAUGGCAAUGCAGGAGCUGCCACGGCUGCUGCCGCAGUGGCUGCAGCCGAUGUGGCUACCUUAUCAACUCUCAAACGCCAACCCUCUUCCAUGUCCCUAAUGCGUGUUAGUUCCAAGAUUAGUCUGCUGGGUAAGAAACGCUCCGACAGCAAUCUGAGUAAGAAAACUUUGGAGUUAAAUGUGCCCCAAGCAGAGGGGGCAGAGAAAAGAGCUUCUUCUCCCACCAAACUACAAACAGCGGAAGAUGGUUCUUCUCCCCCGAUGCCGGCGGCUGCUAUUCUGGAAAAGUCCCAAAAAACUUUGGAGAAUAUACAAAAGACAGUUACCGAAGCCACCGAUGAGAUACACAAAACCAUCAACGAGAAUCUGACGGAUUUGAAAAGUUUUGAACAGGAUAUGGGCCUUACCUCGGAUAGUGGGGCCUCUCCUACGCCCAGUGUUACCACGGUGGUGGAGAAAAAGUCCGGAGCCCCCAAAGCCGGAGCAGGCGAUUCCAUAUCUCGCUUGGGUACUGCAGAAGAUGCGAAUGCAGCUUCAGGCAAUGGACAGAAAUCCUCUCCUCUGCCGCCCAGCCAACCCAUAGAAGCUGCAGUGUCUGUUCUAAAUGCCGAAGGCUCACAGAUGGCGGGCGCGGGGGCAGCAGAUGACUUAGAACACAAGGAUGCGGGUGGUAUUGCUGCAGCUACCUCAGAAAGGAGCUAUGAUGUCAUUGGUGAUGGCGAUGCCAAAGUUAUGGCCGGAACACAUGUGGAGGGAGGAAAUAUGGAGGCUAUGAUGCAGAAGCCCACCAGUGGUGAUACCACUGCAGACUAUGAGUCGGAAGUCAAAAGAAGAUCUCCAGAUGGCCAAGGUGGAUCGCAUAGUGGCAGUGGCAAGGGAAUAACCAAAACCUCAAACGGCAACAAAAACAACAACAACUGCACUCCCAUCAUGCUCUUCAAGGCGGGUAAACGCAAAAGCUCAGUGAUUUACCACAUUGACUUGCCACCGGAUAUUACGGCAGCGGAGAAAUAUUUUUACAGAUCCGGCAGUCAAGAAUAUCUCGAGAAUAAAUCUCUAGAUCAAGACGACGAACCCCCCAAAGGCUGUUGUCGAUGUUGUGCUAAAUUCUGUAUGCCAUGUCGACGAUCACGUUGUUCCCGUUGUUGUCGUCGCAAUCGCAACAAUCGCCACGAUGAAGCCAAACAGCCUGUACUCUCGGCAAGCAGCAGUGCCACUACCACCAAUCUUCAAUUGAUCGAUGAAAAGCAAGGCGCAAGGAGUUCAUGUUGGCAGCGUUUGAACUGUAGCAGGUGUUGUCGCAAAAAAGAUACACAACCACCAUCGUUGAGAAAACAAGAAAAACCCUUAGCGGCUUCUUCCUCGCUGGGACCGCCAAAACAAAGUAAAUGUGGCCUAUGUUUGAGUAAAAUAUUCUGUUGUCGUUCGGUUAAUAAAAUCGAUCCCAAGACAGGCGAUGAGACAGAGGUGAAGAAAUGUUGUUUCUGCAUACCGUGUCGUAGGAAACGGGCUCAUCAUUCGACAGCAGCAUCAAUGACGGGUUCUACGGUGGCUUGGCAAGACCCCGAGGUGGGUAUAACACCGACUGAUGCCGCCGUCUUGGAGGGUCAGGAUGAGCCAAAGCAGGGCUGUUGUAAACGUUUCUGCAACUUUUUAUUGUGUUGCCGCAAGAAAAAGGUUCAAGUUGCCGAUAGCAGAAGGCAAAGUAUAAGGGCACCGCCACCAGAGGACACUCGCCGCAAACUGCAUGUGGACUUAGUGGAGUAUACCUCCAAAAUGAAGGGAGCCAUACCCGUUCUACCUCUGUGUCUGGCCUAUUUUUGUGCUCUAUGCAAUAUUUUAAUACCAGGAUUAGGAACUCUAUUAUCUGGAUUUUUCUGUCUCUGUUUGGGUAUACCACGUUUCUCGCACUAUGACAGCGCCAAAGCCCGUUUUGGUUCAUUGCUUAUCAACACCAUAGUAGCCUUUGCCCAAUUGUUUUGUGUACUCUUCUGUUUUGUCGGCUGGGGAUGGAGCAUUUGGUGGGGCACCAUAAUGUUGAAAUGUGCAAGAAAACUUAGUAAAAUCCGCAAGGUGGAACGCCUGGAGAUGGAAGAGGAAAAAAGACAAGCUGCUGCUGAAGCUGCGGCGGCUGCAGCAGCAGCAGCAACCGCAGCUGCAGCCAAAGGAGAAACUGAAACUGCUAAAACCUAAACAUAACAACCUAGACAAUGAAGUUUUCCACCAGAAAACAGCAACUUCCCUUGAUACAUAAAAUAAACAAGUCUACCUUUCAUUACCAAAAAAAAAAACAAGUCAUAAACUUCCAAACCAGGAACAAAACAAAGUGGCCUUAAAAUUGUGAAUAAAAGAAACUUAAAACACGAAAUUGUCUACCAAAAAAGAAAAAAAGUUUUCCGUUUUCACAAACCAAUGAAGAACUCAAAGUUUUCCAUAUAAUAGUAAAAAAAAAUCCAAAAAUUCCAAACCAAAGUCUACCUUAGGAAAAUUUAGUGAAAAACGGAAUAACAAAAAUUUUCCUCUUAAACUGUAGCUACAACAAUGACCAUUAUUUUACGAAAAUAAUUCGAGUAUAGUUAUUAAAAGAAAAAACUUUAUAGCUUUUAAGUAGUUGAUUAUUGUAUAUAUAGUAACAAAUAUUAUUAAAAUUAAUUAUUAUUUAUAACAAAAAAAAAACAAAUUGUCGCCG